AUGAAGCCGAAAAUACGAAUAAUUCAUAUAAUAGCACCAGAGAUCAUCAAAACAGACGUAGAGAAUUUUCGCGAGCUUGUACAAAGGCUCACGGGGAAGAAUGCUGCACAAGUCAAAGGGAAAAAGAUGAAAAAAGAACAAAGGAAGAACAUAGAAUCAUCACCACAAGAUCAUCAUCAUCAGCAUCAGCAUCAGCAUCAUCAACAUAUGAACAUGUUGCAAGAUACAAAUUAUAGGAUGAAAGAGGAAGAAAGUGAUGGUAUAUCAUAUGGAAGUGUUGAAAAUUCAUCAAAUGGUUUUUUGAGUGGUUUUGGAAUGGAGGGAUUUAUUCAAGAUUUAAGUGAAUUUCCUAUGUUUCCUUUCAAGCUUCCUACACAGAUUAAUAUGUUUGGUGAGGUGCCCCUUUGCUAA